CGCCCGGGUCCUCGCGAACAGAAGGUGCCGUGGAGGCGUGCCCGAGCUCAGGGCGCCGCCCGGCUAAUUGGCUCCGCGCUCGUCCCGGACCUGCCUCUUCUCCAUUUAAGAAGCCAGGAGCAGAAGCGCGUGUGCGCGGAGAGCGGGGCAGGCGCUGCAAAUAACCCGGGCAUUUCACUCGAGAUGGUAGCGGGCACCUUCGGUCCCUCUCCGGGAGAAGUGCAGCUCACACACUGACACACGCGUCCCCGGCGGUCUCCACUAAGCGAGAAUUCCUGCGCGCUUUCGCAGCCUCGCGCUGGCCGCGGGGGACAGGGGUGGCUUGGGGGGCCACACCCGCCCAGCUUGGCGCUCUAAUCGGGACCCGAUCCCCGGGGCCUUGCCACGAUGCCAGGCGCCUCACCGGCGGGUGACCAACGAGGACCUGGAUCGCCCGCUGCGGGCAGCUGCUCUGGCCCAGAUGCAGCCGCCGCAGAGAAUGACCCGGGGGACCCUGCAGUUCCGACUCGGUUCGGGGAGGGCGCGCCCCACAGCCGGCCCCGCGACGCCCGCCUGGACCCUGGCGAUAAGGAGCUGAAGGCAGCAGAGACAGCGGCCGCCACGGGCAGCGCCUCUUCGGCACAGGGCACGGCACUGCCGUGGGAGCCACAGGCCGAAGCUAUGGAUCCAGCGAGCAGCCCCCGGGGUCUCCCCCGGCCCUGCCGCGUGUUGGUGCUGCUGAACCCGCGUGGCGGCAAGGGCAAGGCCCUGCAGCUCUUCCGCAGCCACGUGCAACCCCUGCUGGAGGAAGCCGAGGUCUCCUUCAAGCUGAUGCUCACGGAGCGAAGGAACCACGCUCGGGAGUUGGUGCGUGCGGAGGAGCUGGGUCGCUGGGACGCGCUGGUGGUCAUGUCUGGAGAUGGGCUGAUGCAUGAGGUGGUGAAUGGGCUCAUGGAGCGGCCCGACUGGGAGAUCGCCAUCCGCAAGCCCCUGUGUAGCCUUCCGGCAGGCUCUGGCAACGCGCUGGCAGCUUCCUUGAAUCACUAUGCCGGCUACGAGCAGGUGACCAACGAAGACCUCCUGACCAAUUGCACCCGGCUGCUGUGCCGCCGGCUGCUGUCGCCCAUGAACCUGCUGUCACUGCGCACAGCAUCCGGGUUGCGUCUCUUCUCUGUGCUCAGCCUGGCCUGGGGCUUCAUCGCCGAUGUGGACCUGGAGAGCGAGAAGUACCGGUGCCUGGGGGAGAUGCGUUUCACGGUGGGCACCUUUAUGCGCCUGGCAGCCCUGCGCACCUACCAUGGUCGCCUGGCCUACCUCCCCGCGGGACGGGCAGCCGCCUCCCAGACACCAGGCUCCCCCGCCACUGCACGGCAGCAGGGCCCCAUGGAUGAGCACCUCGUUUCCCUGGAAGAGCCAGUGCCUGCCCACUGGACCGUGGUGCCCCAUCAGGACUUUGUGCUGGUGCUGGCUCUGCUGCACUCACACCUGGGCAGCGAGAUGUUUGCAGCCCCCAUGGGCCGCUGCGCGGCGGGCGUCAUGCACCUCUUCUACAUGCGGGCAGGUGUGUCCCGGGCCUCGCUGCUGCGCCUCUUCCUGGCCAUGGAGAAGGGCAGGCACAUGGAGUACGACUGCCCCUACUUGGUCCACGUGCCCGUGGUGGCCUUCCGCCUGGAGCCCAAGAACGGGGAGGGCGUGUUUGCUGUGGAUGGGGAGCUGAUGGUCAGCCAGGCCGUGCAGGGUCAGGUCCACCCCAACUCCUUCUGGGUGGUUAGUGACUGUGGGGGGGCCCCGGCAUAA